CCUAUUUUCUUUUACUCUGUAGAGAAAAGAAACGCCACCGCUCUCCCCUCCGCCGAGCAACAACCCUCCGCUGCUGGAGGACCCAUAAACCUGUGGGCUUGCUUGAAGGAAGGAGAAGCGAGGCUUGUUAGAGAUGAGCUCCGAAGCACUGCAAGCCGCCAAGGCGUAUCGGCGGCUUCUCAAGGCUGUGAAGAACCACAUUGCUCAGGAAGACAGCAAGAGGCGCUUCAAGGAAUAUGUGACGGAGGAGUUCCGCAAGAACUGCACGUUAUCAGACCUCGCCUCUAUUCGGCAUAAAAUCAAGCUUGCCAAUGACUACACCUUUUUACUCAACAGCGUCCACCAUCACCAGGAGCUACUAUUCUCAUACAACAUUGCGGUGGAUAGGUCGGAGGAAAUGAAAAGAAUACUUGGAAAAUCUGCUGCGAGCGUGGGUCUUCAGCUUCCGGAGGUUUAUCGGCCUUGAUGGUUGGGAUUUGUUUUACUUUUGUCUUAUUUUUCAUGCCUUUGGUGAGUUAUGAUUUCUUUGUCUUAUGUUUAACUCAUUUGCUGCCAAUGGAGUUGAAUUUAAAGUUUUAUUACUGCACUGUUUUCUCAUCUUGAUAAAGAGAAGCUCAGUUGUGUUGGUUGAGCAUAUAAAUUGUAUCAAUGGAAAAUAAGGAGAGUGAUCAUAAAAUUGUACUUUGUAGUUCUUGAAGGUCAUAUUGGAAAAAACCAUACCCAUUAUGAUGUUUUAUUUGAUACUUGCAUUUGUUAAUGGAUU